UGUCCGGGGAAUGUUGAUAGUGGGGCACCAUCUGCAUUUGUGCAGAAACUAGCUGUCUCAUACACAUGCUUACUUAUUUCAAGCGUUUUUUUCCACAGAAUUACACUAACUAACAUAAAUGAGUUGUAAAGGAGACUCGAAUGACUCUCCUUCCAAACGCAAAGUUGUGUAUGUCUAUAGUCCUCAAUACACCGAGACAUGCGACUCGCUAUCAAAAGUCCCCAACCGGGCAAGUAUGGUGCAUUCACUCAUAGAAGCUUAUGGUUUACUUCAACACAUGAGUGUUGUGAAGCCUCGUGUUGCGACCAUUGAGGAGAUGGCCAAGUUCCACACAGACGCCUACCUGGAGCACCUCCACAAAAUCAGCCAGGAUGGAGACAAUGAUGACCCCCAGUCCGGGGACUUUGGCCUGGGUUAUGACUGCCCGGUGGUGGAGGGUAUCUAUGACUAUGCUGCUGCGGUCGGUGGUGCCACCCUGACUGCUGCCCAGUGCCUGCUGGAUAAGAGGGGUGAGGUGGCGAUCAACUGGGCAGGAGGCUGGCACCACGCCAAGAAGGAUGAGGCAUCAGGCUUCUGUUAUGUGAAUGAUGCUGUGCUGGGGAUUCUCAAGCUGAGAGAGAAAUAUGAGAGAGUUCUUUAUGUGGAUGUGGACCUUCAUCAUGGAGAUGGUGUGGAAGAUGCCUUCAGUUUUACCUGCAAAGUGAUGACUGUGUCUCUGCACAAGUUCUCCCCCGGAUUCUUCCCAGGUACAGGGGACCUGUGUGACACAGGGAUGGGCAAAGGAAGAUGGUACGCUGUCAACGUCCCUCUGGAUGACGGCAUCAAAGAUGACAGAUAUUUCCACGUCUUCACCAGUGUGAUGCAGGAAGUGCAGGCGUUGUUUAACCCGGAAGCAGUAGUGAUGCAGCUGGGAGCUGACACCAUGGCCGGGGACCCCAUGUGCUCCUUCAACAUGACCCCUGUAGGGGUGGCCCAGUGUCUUUGCCACGUACUAGACUGGCACCUACCCACACUGCUGUUGGGAGGAGGUGGGUAUAACCUAGCCAACACGGCCCGUUGUUGGACCUACCUGACUGGGGCUGUACUGAGACAAACACUGGCCUCUGAGAUACCUGACCAUGAGUUCUUCACAGAGUACGGUCCUGAUUACUCUCUGGAGAUCAGUCCCAGCUGUCGACCGGACCGCAAUGAGACCAAACAGCUGGACAAGGUCAUCUCCACCAUCAAAGGGAAUUUGAAGAAUGUGGUUUAAGAGCAGAGUCUCAUGUUUCCAAUCAGGGCCUCCUGGGGUAAUGAACACACACACCAGGCUGAUGAAGACCGUAUGUUGGAGCUCCAUCCUUUGCCAACGGGGAGGAGAGGGAGAUGUUUGGGGG